GACUGACACUUUCUCGGGUCGCUUUGUGCCUGGAUAUCGAGUGGCUCACGGCUGCAAACUGCUCUGAAAAGAAGAGAAAGCAAGGUCCUCAUUAUCAGCUCAGCUCCCAGGCCGGCGCAUGCUUGUACAAAGUGCUAAGCAGCCACGCAACGACAGAGCAUAUGUUAGCUUUAAGCUAGUCUCGACUAGCUAGUUGAGCAGCGGUCAGUGCAUGGCUACGCAGAGACCAGUCUUGACUCUCUCCCACGCAGAUACCUGAAGACAAGAGAUGCAAUGAGGAAGACCUGGACUCCAGGUGGGGAGAGGAAAUGAAGGCAAAAGAACUGACUCAGCCUGCGCCUGAAUCUCACUCAUCAGGGCACACGGAGUCUGGCGGCCUUGUUAAUUCUGAAAAAGUAGGCGGAACAAAUUGUCAAGACAGUGAGCGCACAUCGCCGCAGGUAGGCAUGGAGGCAAAGUCUCAAAUGACAUCUGCAAGCGUGUGCAGCUCUACGACAGACAGUCAUGGACAGCCUGUGGAGGUCCGCAGGAAACGUGGGCGUCCUCGUAAAAUAAAACCGCUGGUGACUGAAAACAAAAAAGAUCCAGAGUCUGCUGGUCUUGGUGCAGUUCAGCAUAAGGAGAUCAGCACAACAAUACCUUUGCCAACAUGCUUAGAGAACCACAACAGUGAUGAUGUACCUAACGGUCCCUUAAUCAAUAAUUCACCUCAUAAUGAUGUGUCUGGUCCUCAUACUGUCUCUGAUGGUAAAGCUGGAGAUGGCGUCCCUGUGCUGCCAAAGAGAAAAAGAGGAAGACCAAGAAAAACUGAAAUUGCAGCCUUUAAAACUAUGGUUGCUAAGUCUGCUGCUGCUAGUACACGUUCUGCUAAUGCUAAUAAUGUAAGCGGUCCUGCACGGAGACUGAGGAGUAGAGGGGAACAACAGCCUUCAACACAAGAUGGGAACGCUGUAUCUGAUAGCAAAGUAGAACCCAAGCAAACUGAAAUGACUCCUACAGCAAGUAGUAAUGCAUUGAACUUUCCAGGUAUUAAAAGAAGAAGAAGGGCUAAACCUGCUGAUCAGCAAGUUCCAGCUAAAGUAUCCAGACUGGAUGAUUCCCAGGAGGCCACGUCGCUGUUCAGCAAUGACACGGGCUGUGAGGAGAGAGUGGAGAUGGAUAAGCAGGCAGAACUAAACACUGACAAACAAGAGACUGAUACCGAAGGGAAGGGCGAUCAGUUCUCCCUGCAGUCUGAAGAGGUGCAGGAGCAGCAGACAGGACUAAAGGAAGAUGCAUUACCACAAAGAAAACUGCAUUCCCAGCCAGAGACUGAGUCUGAAGUCACUCCUUCAGGGAGUUUGAACAGUCUAAACUUGGUGAGCCCAACUCAGAGUGAUGACGCCAAAAUAAAACAGUCAGGUGACAUGAAUGGCAGCAAGGAGUCACAAUUCACAAACAGCCUUGAAUCUCCAAAGAACACAGAUUUGCAGAAUACAGAGCCCUCUGGCACAGAUAUUGUAACAUCCUCUGAACAACCACCCAAACCUGUUGGGGUCCUUCCUGCUGUGAAAGCUGAGAAUGUAGAGGUAGAGAUAGACACGAAUCCGGUGUCAGAGCGAAAUACUCUUAAAUCUGUUCAAUGUAAUGCCAACACCACAGUUAGAUCUGAGGGUUCAAACAUUCAACAAAUAGUUUUCAGGCGCAAGAGAGGUGGCAAGAGAAGGAGGAGAGUUAGUAAUGUUUUGUUACAGAGACCGCAUCAUGUAGUGGGCCAUGAAGGCAGCGAUGGCGCUCAACAAACAACAGACUGUGAUGGUGAGGUGGUGGAGGACAACUCAAAUGACAAUGCAAAUGUUGUCUACACUAAAAAAGGGGGUAAAACUCUGUUAAAAUGUGGUUACUGCGGUCACACAUUUAAAUUUUUGUCUCAGUUCAUCAUCCAUCAGCGCAUUCAUACCGGAGAAAGACCUUUUAAAUGCCCAGAAUGUGGCAAAGGUUUUAGCAAAAACUCCAACUUAAACCUUCAUCUCAAGACACACAGAAAGAGCAACAUGUACAAAAAAUGCCCAUUUUGCAAGAUCAAAUUCUCAUGCUCUGAGUAUGCCUCUCAUAUGAAGAUGCAUGAACAUGUGCUGGACCAGGACUCUGACCACCAACCUGAGAAAUGCAGCAGAGAGAACGAGCAUGAAAACAGUCCUGGACGUCAUAGAUCAGUUUCCCCAGAAAAGAGAGAAAGGAAAGAGUGCCAGUACUGUGGUAAAACAUUUCGGUUUCAGUCUGCCCUCAUAAGACACGUACGUGUCCACACCGGAGAGAAGCCUUAUAAAUGCGAUAUAUGUGGCAAAGCUUUCGGUCAGGCCUACUUCCUCCGAGUUCAUGAGCUGACACACUGGUCUGUGAAGCGUUACAACUGCACACGUUGUGAAAAGUCAUUUACUCAUUAUAGCAAUGCAAAGAAUCACACUUGCAGACCUUCGGGAAGCGGUGAUGAGUUACAACCCAACAGACGCGUAAAGCCCUCACUGACGUACACGUGCCACAUCUGCAAGAACGUUUUCGACCAUCUGCAGGAGUUUAACAGCCACAUGAGAGCCCACACCGGUGCAAAGCUUUAUCGCUGCUUGUAUUGUGACAAGCUGUUUGGUGUGCUGUCUGAAUUUAACUCCCAUCGCAGUCAAUGCAGAGGAGAGCGAAACGCCUCCGGCUCUGCGAUAAAGGAGGAAGAGACAAUGUCGUUGAUACAGUACACCGUGCCUGCACUCCGGUGUUCGUCAAGGCAGAAUUCAGCUACUCCUCUCACAGCUGCAAAUUGUGAAACACAGAAAAAGCCAUCACAGAGCAGCCGCAAGAAGCGCGUUGCCAACUUAAAGAAGCCGUUCCAGUCAACCGUCAUACCGGCUCACCCUCUCUCGCACCUCGUGUCAAAGUUAAACGACCUAGAUAACCGUUCAGAUCCCAGGAAAUAUUUGUGUCCCAGGUGUGGGCGACUGUUCAGGCACAUGGGCAGACUCCGAGCCCACAUGCUCACUCAUGCCCCCGGUCAGAGUUACACCUGUGCCUGUUGUGGUAAGACUCUAGAAAACUGGAAGAAACUGUGGCAUCAUCAGAGAAUCCAUCGACAGAGACGCGGCCGCUUCACAUGUCCUCAGUGUGGCCAAGGUUUUCGUUUUGUGGAGCCAUACAAGAAACACAUGAGCGAGCACCCAGAGUUCCAGUGGAUUCAAGUCAGGCCCAAGAAAGUCUUUCUCCCUUAUCAGUGUGAGCAGUGCAGAUGCAGAUUUAGGACUCUAGAUUUGCUGUUUAGUCACCAGCUUUGCCAUUCCUCAAUGCAAGAUGUGCACAAGGACUCUGAUUUCGAUUUAUCCAUAGAUGAUCACACGACACAGUCUAACAAGAAGAUGUUCAGCCCUCCCACAAAUAAACAUAUGGCGACACUACAUCCAGAACCUGAGGAAAACAGCUCUUCUCUGAGUCCCUUAUCCAGAUAUCCAGACCCAGUCCCUCAAGAGUCGCCUCCAGCGCCUGGGAUUUCUUUUGUCCAGGAUCAGGGUCUUGAUUUGGGUAAAACUUCUUAUCUUUCAGACAGCACAGAUUCGAUCGAAGACAGAGAAACCAGUCAUUAUAGAACAGAUGAAAAUGUACUUGCAAAACUCUUUACUCCUUUGAGAACUGUCAAACAUGUCACCCAGAAUGCUAGCAUAUCAAAUGAAGGGUCUUCAGACGGUGUUAAGUGUGCUGUGUGUGGUAAUGCAUAUCCUGCCAUUUCAGACCUUUAUCACCACUAUUUGCAGCAUGCAAGAGGCCAGGUGUAAUAACCUUUCUAUAUGUACAUCGACUUUUUUUUACAUUCUUAAACACGGGGAGGAAAAUGAAGAAGCUGUUGAACUGCAGGAAAAGUUGGAGCAGAAAUGCAUCGAAAAGGAUUUAAAAGAUUUCUUUACAGUCACACUGAAUGUACAAAAUAAUAGAGACAGUCUGUUGAAGCUGAGAAGGCAACUUUAAGUAGAAGCCACUAACAUUUCUUUGGUUUAAAGUUAAAUUUCUGUCCAUGAGAAAAGGCAGAGGAGAUGUGGAUAGAGAGAAAUUUUGAAAUUUGAGACCGGUGGAUUGUGCCACAGGGGGCUGCAACUCUGUCAGAAAGAUGCCCAAAGUGUUAUGUACAUUCAGCGUAUUAAUGCAGAGCCAGAAGCAGCCCUGGGACGAUGUAAUCAGCUUUUCAACAACAUAAGCAUUGAAACAGAAAUGAUACUCUAUGUAAAUGACCAAUUAUGGAAAAUAAGAGUUUGAUCCAAAAAAAAAUUAUGCAAGUGAAAUAACCACUGAAACAUUUUGAGCUCUCCUUCGUCCUCGUUGCCCUGCAACCUGCUGGCAUCUCCAUGUAUGUUUUAACUUGACAAAGUCCACUGCACUUUGAGAAUGGGACAAAAUCACCGACUGAUCCGAGGGUUGGGUGGAUUCACUCCUUAUUGCUGUGAAUUUGGCAGAACUGACAGAACUUGUUGGUGCAGAUUUUUCACUCAGAUUUCAUUACAUGUCUUUUCAGUGAAUAGUGCGACCAAUUAAUUGAACAGUGUGUAGUUUUACAAAUUUUAGACAUUGUCACCUCAUCUUGGUACAUGCAUCGACCACUGUGAAUUUUAUAUGAAAUAUGUGUUUCAAAUCACGCAGGUUGUUUCUUGACUCAUACAUGUGAACGUGAAUCUUUCACUCAAGAUGUUUCAGAGGAAGCUUCCACUGACUUCUAAUUUGUUUUGUUCUUCUCUCCAACAAAGGCAUGUAUCAGCUUUUUGUAUUUAAAAUUUUAAAGUGAACGUCGGGUUUUCUCAUUCACAUGUUUGUCAGAGAGUUUGCUCUUUUUGUGGACUUGAAAUAUGAUGGCUGAAAGUAUUAAAAAAAAAAAAAAAAAGGAAUAAAUGAAAUAUGCUGACAAACGCACAUUCCACACCUGAGAUGCUAAGUGCAGCAGGAGUGUUGUUGAACAUCCGUUACCACUUCCUGUUUUGGGAAAAAUACUACAUUUUCACGCUUCAGCGUUACGCUUGAUUUUGGUGGAAUCAUGAAAAAAUAACAUUUGGAAAGGUGUUUCCCACCUGGAUACCCUGCUCUGUUGUGUAUGAUCUUAUGCUAUAGUUUGUCUUAAAACCAAUAAAGGUCACUUUUGUAUGGA